AUGCGUUUCUCCGUGUUGGUCUGCUCGCUGGUCGGCGUGGCCUCUGCGGCUCCCACGUUUCCCGACUUCAACUUGAAGAGCAUCCUCAACCCGGACAACACACUCGAGGCCCUGUCAGAUUACUUCAACACACUGGCCACGAGGGUGCAGCUGGCCAAGGUCCUAGCGGAUCCCCCGACAUGCGACGUUUCCAAAGCCAAGAUUCCUACUGCACCUGAGCCUCUUCCAAGCCCAAGCGAAGGCCUCACGGUAUCGCACGUAUUCGUCGGCCGCGGCACACAGAACUACACCUGUGGAGAGGACCCCUCGGAAGCGCCCAAGGCCGCUGGCGCACUGGCACAACUCUUCGACGUGGGCUGCAUCGCAGCGCUCUACCCUGAUCUUCUUGAACGCCUCCCCUCCAUGGCUGUGCGCUUCAACUCGACAGAGCUCGGCGCCUCGCCUCUCACGUCCACCGGCAUCCACUACUUCACCGACGCGACGACGCCGUACUUCGACCUCGGCGGGGAGGAGGUGCACUGCAAGAAGACCGACGACACGGCCGCCCCAAGCACCGCGGCAGUUGGCCAGAAAGGCGAAAAGGCUGUGGCCUGGCUGAAGCUCGACGCUGUCCCGGGGGAUUCCAGCAGGAUCAGGGAGGUGUACCGUGUGGACACGGCGGGAGGCAGCCCUCCUGCUACCUGCGAGGGCAUGGGCAAGACAUUUGAAGUGCAAUACGCAACCUCCUACUGGUUCUUCGACGGCGAUGAGGUUGACAAGGACAGCGAGUAG